AUGACUUCCCUAAUGCCGAACAACCUCUACAUCGCCCUCUAUAUUCGUACGGAUCCUCCACAACCCAACAACUUCCACUGGACCCUCUACCACCACCACUACCAUCAUGACAGUGCAUCCCCCGCCACCGGCACAAAAUACCACAUCAUCAACGAAAGCACGGGCUGGAUAGCCACGCACGGUCGCGAAUCCUGCAUCCUCAAGACCUUCCUUCUAUUCGGUCUUGUACGCAUUGCCAGCGUCCCAUGGGACGCAACAGACGCGAUAGACCGGUCGAUCCGCAUGUACGACAGCCAGCUGAACGCGAUGGGAGUCACAUGUCGGACAUGGCUGUUUCGCGUGCUGCGAGAUCUCCAGGAGGACGAGCACGCUCUUCAGGGAGUGGACCUGGAAGCGUUGGAGGAGGAACUGACGCAGUGGGGAUAUGGGUUUGCAGAUGAGGCGUGUCGGAAUGUCGUCGACCCCCAAUCCGCCGUCCUCUCCAACAUCGAAGUCUUAGCAUAUAUCACUGCAAACCCACCACGACGUCCUCCCAAUCCGCCACCGAAUUCACGGAACUGGGUACCGAGUCCUGAUCUGCGCGAUCAUAAUACCGUGGUAAAGGAAACACAACGACCCGCUCCGCUGGACCAGAGCGCGCCGAUAGACGAUGCACUCCGGGAAUUGAUUCAGCGAUUACAGCCGUUUGGGCUGACGAAGGGUGAGGUGCUCAUGAUUAUCAAUCUUGGUGUAGGGCUGCAUGGUUCUUCAAUGGGAGAAGACGGAGGAGAAGAAGGCGGGGAACAGUUGGAAGAAGCGGAAGGGGUAGGAGAACAGGACGGAGAAAUGCCGAAUGGAGUGGAUGAGAUGCAGGUUGAUGCGCAGGGAGAAGAAGAGGGCGUGGGGGCAGAGGAAGCAGCGGGGGAAUUGUCGGAGGAUGAUUACGGUGCGUUGGCGCUGCUGGAUACGGUGAUUGAGGAGCGAGAGGAGAGAUUGAGUAAUGAGGAUGUGGGCAUGGUUUUGACGAUUAUUCGGGAAACAUUGGGGCCGAAAGGGGAGAAUAGACCGGUAGAUGGGGCUGGAUAG